CGCGGAUGUUUUUAAUGGCUCAAGCCUGUAGGUGGCAGUCGAGUUCUGUGAUCUUGGAGAUUGACAGCGAAUAAGAAAAAAACAAAACAACUUCCUUGUAGGAACCACUUUAUAUGCCGAGGUACAGACAGGUUACCCUGUGAUAAUACUGGGCAAACGUUCUGUUGGAGCUCACCGCAUCUGUCGAGUGUACUUCUAUAUGAUAUAAUGGCUGACUCAUUAGUCAUGUCGUCAGAGAACUCUUCCAUUGGUGAUGCAGUAUCUGGUAGAGGAGAGGGUGCAUCCAAUGAGGAUGAGGAUCUUUACUACAUUCCUGAGAGGAGACUGUCUCUUGACCUGGGACCAGCUCCAAUGGACACCAGCCAUUGGCAUUUUGUGGAUCAGGCUUUGAGUCCAGCUGAGAGCUAUGGGUCAUUAAAUAGUGACGACCCGGAAGAAAAGGAAGAUGAGGAGGGAUCUUCUACAAGGGUCCAGCUGGAAAGAGCAGAGUCAUUUUCCAGCUGCUACUCCAUUGACAGCAAUGACUGUGAAAAGAUCAUUCUUAGGGAAAAAAGCAGAGAUGACACUGCAGAGCCCUCAAACAAGCUCGAAUUAAUCCAAGACCCAGAUGAAAUCAAGCAUCCAUCUUUGACCCUGAAGUUCACCUUUAAGGCUCUUUGUGACACCCUGAAGAAGCUGCAGAUGGAGUUCUCAACGUUCAAGUGGAAGCUGUGGACUCAUUUCCCGCAGCCUUUCAGCGGCUCUCAAAGCAUGGACAUCGUGGGCCUUGUGGACCGACUACUGGAGACUUAUGGCUGUGAAAAAUCUGUGGUGAUCACCAGGACUGUUCUCGUCACCAUGAGUAAAAACAAGCUGGCUGAAUUUUUGCAGACCUUGUGCACUAAAAAUGAAGUACGUUAUGAAUUAUGCACUGCUCUGAAGAAGAAGUUUGCUGAAGAGUUGAUCAUGGAAGGAGAGACAAUGCCCCUUGAUGACAUCUACACGGACCUCCUUAUUUCAUCUGCUGCUGACAAUGGCCCGAAUAUUGAACACGAGAUCAUGAAAAUAGACAAACUGAACACCAAGAGGACCCCAGACAAACUGCUUUCUUUAGCAGAAACUCUCUCCCAGGAGAUGUUAAACAGUUGCCAUGCAAGGCUGAUGUUUCUCCAUGGAGUGGCAGGAUCAGGGAAGUCCAUGUUUAUCAAAAAGUUGGUGCUUGACUGGGCUUUGGAGCGAUCACACCAGCAUUUCUCCUUCAUCUUCCCCCUGGCACUCAGGGAGCUUAAACAGUUUGAAAGCUCUGAAAUCUCCCUGGAGGAAAUAAUAUGGACUCUUUACCCAGAGACAAAGAGGUUAAAAAUUGAGAGCUUGAAGGGUGAAGAUAAUGCCUUGUUUAUCUUUGAUGGUCUAGAUGAGUACACUGAGGAGUUUGACUUUGCACAAACAGAGAUUCAUUCCGACUCCAGUUCUCGUGUCAGCCUGAACAUCAACCUGGUUAACAUCCUCAGAGGCCGGUUGCUCAGCAACUCCAUGUGCCUGGUAACAACCCGGCCUCAAGUUAAUCCCUUUGCCCCGUGGGACGCGCAUUACGACGAGCUAGAAGUGUGCGGUUUCAGCGACGCCAACAAGGACGAAUACUUCAAGAAGAGGUUUAAAGACCCAAAUCAGGCAGCCACAGUCAUUCAGUAUGUCAAGUCUUUGAAAUCUCUCCACAUCAUGUGCCAUCUGCCCUUGGUCUGCACAUUGGUGGCAGACGAGUGUCAGCGCAUCUUUAGAGAGACGAGAUCAGUUGCAAAACUCCCCAGGAGCCUCACAUACAUGUACACGAAGCUGUUGCUGACGCUUGUUCGUCACCUUCGUAAAACAAGAGCUCCGGAUCUGCUCAGCCCAGAGGCAGAGCAGAACUUUCUUCUGGAACUUGGAAAAUUGGCCUUUACCAUGUUGGAAAAGGGCCAGUUUAAGAUCGCCAGCACGAACUGGCCUGAAAGCAUUGCCAAAGAGGCAGUGGUCAGAAGCGGCCUUUGCACACAAUACACGAUAACUCCAUAUGUCUUGUUUUAUGAGGACAUGGUGAGUUUUCUCCACCCCACCGUACAGGAGUACCUGGCUGCUCUUUAUGCAUAUCUCACAUCUAGAAACCAGGAAAAGAACAUUUUUGAUGUGAAACCCAAAUUCAGCAUGUAUCCAAAGGGACACAAAAUAAUGGAUCUGUACAAGGCAGCAAUGGAAAAAAGUCUGCAGUCUCAAGAUGGGAAACUUGACAUGUUUUUGCGUUUUCUCUUUGGGAUGGCCUGCAAAACCAACCAAGAACUUCUCCACCCGUUUCUCAAGUCUCCUACAAAGGCGGGGGACUUAACAAGAGACUGUGUCUCUCUUAUCAAGAAGGUCAAAGAGCCUUCAGCAUCCAACAACUUGCAACGGUGCCUGGAGGAGUUGGGAGAUGUGAGCUUUUGAAUUGGCUCCAGGUUAUACUGACUAUUAAACAGCUAAUUACUACACGAGAAGACAAAGUUGUGCACUUUAGCAUAAGACAAACGUUGUGUCGUGGGUAAGACACACUUAUGCAGGCAAGUUUCGUUUGAGUAGAUAUCUUAUUCAUAUAAUUGAGGAGCAUAUGAGGAUAAGCUGCAUAAGAACAUUUUUGAUCAUUUAUGUGAGAUCAGGAUAUUGUCUGAGUGAUCAGAUCUCCAUGUUUUCCCUCUACAUCUUGUGUGGUUUCAGUAGUUAAACUCCAUGACAUUUCCCACGUUGUCACAUUAUUACCUCAAGCCGUAACACUUUUUAUCGGUAUUUUAUGGGAUACACCGACAUAAGUGAGUGGAUAAUUGUGAGAUGGAUUUAAAAGUAUACACAGCUUUCAACAUUUUUUGAAAUUAUUGCAAACUUGGCAUGCAUUUACUGAACAUUCAGCCCUCCCGAGUCACACAUUUUGCUGCAAUUAAAUACGCAGGUUUGGAGGUUUAUCUGUUAGUUCUUCUCCUUUUUUUUUUUUUUUUUUUGCCAAUGCUUAAAAACUGUUUAGUCAAGACUGGAUAAGGAGUGUUUUAGAACCAUCAGUUUUCAAGUUCUGCCAGAUUCCCAGUUGCAUUUAGGUCUGGAUUGAAAUCUGUAAAACCUAAAUUGCUCCAACUGCAACACUUUCUAAGAACAAAAAUAUUCUGCUUUCCUACAAUCCAUUGCUGAUACAGUAACACAUAUACACUGAAUGCUAUGUAGCUGUUCCAAAGCAGCUGACUUUAAGUAUACUAAUCUGGUUCUUUUGACAGAAGUUAUCCCAUUUGUUUCUCCACCAUGAUUUCAGUGUUUUCUGUACAAUCAAAAGCCAACAUAGGGCCUACACCUGCGUGAGGGUGGAACUGAGGGGCUACCUCCUGAUAUGAUACAUGAAUCAUCACUAAAGUUUGCAAUAAUCAGCAAAUUAAAAGAAAAUCCUAAAACUCUA